AUGCAUUUCUCAUACACUUUAGCUGCCACUGCGGCAUUGACUUUGGCUAAUGCCGCUGUCAUUGGGAAGAGAGCGCUCUCUGGAGAAGCUACAGUCUAUGGUGGAAACCUUGCUGGUGGAACUUGCUCAUUCUCAACAUACACAUUGCCAGCCGGUAUCUUCGGGACUGCGUUGACGGACUCGAGCUGGGACAACUCCGCAAACUGUGGUCGUUGUGUCUCUGUCACUGGCCCUGCUGGAAACAAGAUCACUGCUAUGGUGGUGGACCAAUGCCCAGGAUGCGGAACAAACCACUUGGACCUCUUCCCAGAUGCUUUCUCAAAGCUCGAAGCGAACCCGGGAAUUAUCCAGACGACCUGGGACUUUGUCGACUGUGGGAUCAGCACUCCACUACAACUUCACAACAAGGAAGGUGUGUCGGCUUACUGGUUCAGCAUGCAAGUUGUGAACGCAAACAAGGGAGUCAAAAGCCUUGAAGUCAGCACCAACGGUGGAAGCACUUGGCAAGCAACCGCUCGACAGACCUACAACUUCUUCGAGAACUCAGCCGGCUUUGGAACAACCACUGUCGAUGUCAAGGUCACCAGCAUUGAUGGAGAUACUGUUAUCGUGAAGAACGUGGCAAUCUCUGCAGGUGCUAGCACCACAGCUGGUUCCAACUUUGGAUCCUCGGGUGGAGCAGUCUCGAAACCAGUCGAACCUGCAACACCUGCAGCACCUGCCACUCCGGCGGUCACCCCAGAGACACCAGUUCAGUCUACUCCAGCUGAGUCUGCUCCUGUAGAGUCUGCUCCAGAAACCGGUGCCGGAUCCGCUCCUGUAGCUACCAUCACCGCAGUCCCAGUGGCUACCACAACCCAAAAGCCAACAAAGUUGGUGUUCACUCCUAGACCAACAGCUGUCGUUGUGGAGGAUGAUGUUUGCGAGCUAUAG